AUGAGCAAUUCAAGCGAAAACUCUCCGUCUUCUUCAAAAGGCAAGAAGAAGACGAACCAGAAUCAACAAGAACAAUCAACAACAAAAUUUCUUGGGGUGAGGAGGAGGCCGUGGGGCAGAUACGCUGCUGAAAUAAGAGACCCUUCCACUAAAGAGAGGCAUUGGCUUGGAACUUUUGACACCGCGGAGGAGGCUGCUUUGGCCUAUGACAGGUCUGCACGAUCAUUGCGGGGCUCCAAAGCUCGCACCAACUUUGUCUACUCAGAUAUGCCACCUGGUUCAUCUGUCACUUCCAUUUUGUCCCCGGAUGAAUCCCAGCACCAUCUCUCUGACCUCUUUGCUAAUUCACAACAUGUCGAGGAUAUUAAUUCGAGGGACCAACUAUUCUAUUUUGGACAGAAUGAUCAUAAUAACAUGAAUCAAUUUCAAGUCCCGGGAGUCAGUGCUGGAGAGGUAUGGAACCAAAACAACUCUAGUAGUUUGUUCCAACGUGAUUUGCAGGUGAGUGAUAGUACGUAUGACACGGCUGAACUGCCACCACUACCACCAGAUAUUACGAGCUGCUAUUAUGGUGGUUCGAGCGAGCCACCAGUGCUUUCAGAAAUGGGACAUGAAGUUUUGAAUGACAUGAGGUUUCUUGAACUGUCCGAACAACAACAGGGUAUGGACAGGACAGGGGACUAUUCGGGAUUCGACUCACUAGCUAACGUUGAUGCCUCCGAUGAAUACAGAAACAAUUACUCCAACUAUGGAUGGUUUUGA